AAACAAUGCAAGUAUCUAUUGAGAAGCGUAAAAAUAAAAAUGAAAAUUCUAACCCUGUUAGUAUAUCCCAAGAGAAGCUAACCAAAAAGCUGUCAUGUCAUAUUUGCUACAAUAAAAAAUGUAGACUUGAAAAGGAACAAAAUUCGAUUCUACUAGUAGAGCAUAAUGAGCCUAUAUCUACUAUACCAAUUAUAGCAUUAGCAAUUAAUAACAUUACUUUUGAUCCAAACUAG